CUUUUAUGAGCAGCGUCCUAUCUUGUAUUAUCGCCUACUUUAGUCCCGAGUCCGUUCACGUUACACGACCCGACGACUUCAGGCGCCAACGCACGCCAACCUGAGGCUGUUGUGAGAGAAAGCAAACCAACAAUCCCGGGGCUCCGGAUCAACACUCUAUAUCUUUCUUACCGUCAUGCCGUUAUGACAAGCUCCUGAAACCGACCUCGCUUUCCUGGCUCUUCCCUUUAUUUCUGCGCGGUGCUUGAGUGGGCCUGUAGUCUCGAGCAUCAUUGCCGGGUCAUAUUGAGGCGCAACUACCACGAACAUCUGCAGUCAAAGAACGAUGCCUCCUGGACGACACGCGGCAUCCAGGGCAAGCUCGUCAAACAACGGAGACGCGAAGGCGCCGCAGAAGCGCGAGCCUUCCAGAGCAAGCUCGUCAAACAAUGGAGACCCCAAGGCGCCCCAGAGACGCCAGCCUUCCAGGUCACGGAACGCGGCAAGGUCCGAACCGUUGUCCAUCUUGGAAUCGUCGCGGAUGUCUAGACUACAGCCCGCCCCGAUACCACGUAUCAACCCAUGGUUGCAAGGUCUAAAGUUGGGCGCGAAAGUUGAACCGUCACAGCCAAUCCCAGCUCAUCUGGAAGAAGAGUCACCAUUGCCGUCCGCAUCCCGGAAGAGGAGUCGACCAGCAACCUCAAAAAAAAGGUCGGAGAAGGGUGAACCGAGCGUAGCCAGUGGCAGUCCAGAAGGUACUGCCAAUGUCCCAGAGUGCCCAAACGCUCCAAGGUCCACGUCAAGGUCUCCGACCGACAUCCUGCGACAUCACUCACGCAGUCCAACGUUGUCGCAAACUACAACAGCAGAGCCUGUGUCAUUGGAGGAAAUCAACAGAUCGACGCGAUCCCCGUCUACGAGCUCGGAGGCUUCGCGCUCAGCUUUGAUAGCAGCAGCUUCGCGCGCCGAGUCAAAUCUUUUCGCGAAUCCGAUAGGUGCUGAUGUGCUCGUGUGCGCCGGCAACUGGUCCUGGAAAGUUCAUCGCAACAUCUUGGUCAGAGAGUCUGACUGGUUCAAAGACAACCUACCGAAACUCCAAAAGGGCGAAGACCUCAUCAAAAUUUCGUUUGAGUGUGCGCCGGAGACUCUCGGGUACUGCAUCAGAUUCAUGUACAUGCAAAAGGUAGAGGGGCUACUGGAAGCGAAGCCCUUCGACGUAAGCCAUCUGCCGCGAUGUGUCUUGUGCUAUUGCGCCGCCCUCUACUUCCGAACCAAGGGCAUGAUACCUCCAAUAUUGGGUAUUGUGGACGCUACUGCGAAAGAUCUCUGCGAAGACCUGAGCGGAUUGCACCUGAAUAACAAUGGAGUAUCAACGACGGCGCUACCUUUAAACGAGACUCACCUUCUCGAUGCGCUUGACCUGAUAUACAGUCAAGAGAACCAAGUCAUCAUGGAACCCAUGCGGAUUGCCAUGGUGGCGGUACUGGAUGCGACGCUGUUCUUUCAGCUUCACCGGGAUGCAUUCAUGGAGAAGCUGAGAGCAUAUCCCUGGAUUUCACGAAUGCAAACAGACUAUGCGGAAUUCCGUCGUCAAACUGGGUUCAGCCGUCAGGGCUUGCUUAUUCCCAGUGGCGAGGCAUUGGACACGAUACUUGCCCAUCCAGACCUAAAGCACACCGCUAAUAUCGAGAUUUAGCAGGUCCCGAGGCCACAGACAUAUUGGCACCUUACCCGAUCCUUCUUAAGCUCUCCGGAGUCAUCUCGGGC